UCCAAAGCAUGUACAGUCCCAAAUCAUAUAUCCCUCGAUAACAUGAGCCGUGCCGACCCCGAAGCACUCCCAGCAUCACCCCGUCCAAUGCGACGACAGACGACAAACGACACGACGCUUAGCAUUCCAACAUCCUUUCGCAAUCAACGCUUUCCAUGACCUCGCCGAAAGAUGGAGAUUCUCCCCAGACCACCCAUAACCUAUCCUCCGUUCCAAUCCUGGAUGUUCGCAAGACCAGACCCUCCACAUCCGACCAAUCGCCUGAGACAUCCACCUCCAGUCUCCCUAUCCGCACCAUAACUCCUCCAACCUUGGGCUCCCGCACCAGCACUCUUUCCGGCACACUAUCAAGAUCCAGUUCUCUCAAUGGCAGGCUGUCAUCCUCAAUCGCAAAGUUUGGAAGAUCUUCCGUCAAUAGUCCACUUGCGAAUGCGACCGAUGGCUCUGACGAUUCGAGGUCCCUGAUCGUCCGCGCCUUCUCUCCUACCAUCGGAAUUUAUGCCUCCAAGGAGGUGGAUGAGUUGGCUGUGAAGAAGGGACUGAAGAGAGGCUUCACGGACCUGAUACGGCCAUACGGAAACAAGGUCACAGGCAAGGUUGUCGUUCGCGACAGCACCGGUUCAAGCCGGGCAUGGGAAGAUUUUGCCAUCCACUUUGCCAAUCUUGGGGACCUGGCUGGAGAUGGCGUUGCAAAACCUGGUGCAACAGACCAACUGGAGAAAUUGGAGGAACUUAUGGAGUACUUUAUCGGUCAAGGUUUCGAUGAAACUGACGAGGUUCCCGGGCGUGGGGAAAUCUCUCCCUUUUACAAACUCUUCCUCAAUCGUCUCCUAAGUACUGAGUCCAUGAGUCCACAUGAAUCUUUUCGCCAUCCGGUUGGCUCAGUUAUCGCCAUAAGUUCAUCCACCCCCCAGCCAGUCGAAACUAUUCGAAACUUGUAUCAACAAACCGCCCAGGGAUCCAAGGCAUUACCGUCAUGGGCCAAUCCCGAAUACCUCCGCUACUAUGUUCUUGUUCACGAUGAAGACGAAGAUGAUUUCUCAAAGUCCUCCGCACUGUUUGAUCAAAUGAAGCGACAUUUUGGCUUGCAUUGUCACCUCCUGCGACUAAGGUCCACCUUCUGCACGCAAUCGGAUGAUGACGUUGAGGAAGUGCCCACUUGCGAGUGGCUGUCGCCUUCAGAGCAACUUGGCGUUUUAAACGACACAGCCGACCUCAUAGACCUGGAUUUGCCCACCUCGCCGUUCAUUUUUGCCUCGGAUGCGGUGGCCAUUCGUGCCUUUGUUCGUGAAAUUGUAGCACAGUCUAUUGUGCCAUAUAUGGAAAACAAGAUCUUGACCUGGAAUGAUCAGAUUGCCUCUCGAAGACGUGGAAUCUCUGGUCGAUUUAUAUCAUUGUCCAAACGGUGGACAGGUAUAGGCAGCUCGGCGAGGAAUGCCUCGUCAGCCACCAAUCUGACAACAUCAGGAGCCAGUGGUAACUACGACAGCUUACAAGGAUCAUAUCGCUACGACACUUCAGAAAGCCUUCUUCGAAAACUAGGAGACUUUUCCUUUAUGCUCCGUGAUUACAAACUGGCUGCGUCAACAUAUGAGCUCCUGCGGACCGAUUACGCCAACGACAAAGCGUGGAAGCAUCUCGCCGGAGCCAAUGAAAUGUGUUGCGUUGCCACUCUGCUCAAUCCUUUGAUAGGGUCAUCGAGCUCCAAGUUCAAAAUCGAAAACUUUGAUACUAUGCUAGAUACCGCCACAUACUCCUACUCGACACGAUGUUCAGAGCCGGCACUGGCCCUGCGGACUAUCCUGUUGGGCGUGGAACUACUCAAGGUUCGAAGUCGAACCGCAACAGAUCUGGCGGCCAAAUGGGCGAUUCGAGGUCUAGAACUUGGCCUCGUAGGCAGCGUGGGACAUGCACUUAUCAGCGAACGCGUCGCAUCCUGUUUUGCCGACCAAAUCGGAUUGGGAAGUACUAGCUGGGGAACGCGCAAAAGGAAAGCCGCACUCUGGAGCAUCAUGACAGCCGAUGAAUGGAUGAAACUAGGCCGGGCAGAAUUUGCAUCAGAAAGACUAGAGGAAGCAAAAGAUCUGUACAAUGAGACCAAGUUUGGCGAUUCAGUCCAACAGUAUGGAGAAUUGGGAGAAUAUCUGGCGCAGUUACAAUUGGCAGUUCGGAUGAAAAUGGGUCAGGCUAGACGGCGGACGAUGAGCAGUGCUCGCGGUCCCUACGUUGGGGGUCCUCAAGAUCAGGUCGACGCCGAAUCUGAAGACGAGAUCGUGGAACAGAUGGUGACGGUGGAGAAACUUGAUGGCAGACCUCGUCGAACAAGCUUGAUUGGAGGAGGGGGAGGAGAUGGGAAAGGUGCGUCAGGUCCCGAAAUGACACCACUGAGUCCUGUCCGGUUGGCUCGACCAGACCCCUUGUCUAGAGACAAUGAUGAUUUUGAGUGAUGGAAACGAACAAAGACAUAGAUGAAGAUUGGGCAUCUAUAUUACCGAGACUUGUGUAUAAACAGCCAAGCUGAAUGAUUAAUCGAACGAGCUCAACCUUGUCUGA